AUGCGUGUUCUCUAUUGGAACAUUAAUGGCAUUGCACGGGAUGCAGCCAAAAAUAAGUUAAGAGAGUUAAUUCUUGAUUUUAAGCCAGAUAUUUUCUGUCUAGCUGAACCUAAGGUGCAUUGUACCUUGCGUUUCUUACACAAAUUAUAUGUGGCUGGUUAUAAGAAGGAAGUUAUUCAUAAUGUUGUUGAUUCGUCUAAAGGUAACAUAUGGAUUUUUUGGUCCAUUGACAUAGCUACGCCUGUAGUUAUGAAUACUAGUAGACAAGCUAUUACCAUUGCAACAGAGGGGGUGUUGGUUUCCUUUGUUCAUGCUAGCUGUUUUCAAGUCACGAGAAGAAGUUUGUGGCAACAACUUUCCUCAGUUGAUAUUAAUACUCCUUGGCAAUAUGGUGUUCAUAGAAUCCUUUGUAAGCUGGAUAGAGCUUUGAUUAAUGAGGCAUGGCUCAUUAAGUAUGAGAAUUGGAGGUGUAAAGCUCUUCCCCGUGAAGUUUCCGACCAUUAUACUCUUAUUGGCUUUCCUUUUGUUACUACUAGACCGAAGAGAGCUCCUUUUAGAGUUCAGAAGAUGUGGUUUGCUCAUUCUGAUUUCAUGAGAAUGGUAAGUGAUUGUUGGAAUGCACCGGUUACAGGAUCUCCUGCUUCUAUUUUUCCUUUCAAGCUCAAGAGGUUAAAAGUUGCUAUGAAGGAUUGGAAUUUACAUGUAUUUGGCAAUAUUUUUGCUAAGCUAAAACAAGCUGAAUUGACUAUGGAAGUGGCUCUUCGUAUUUCGGAUGAGGAUCCAGAGGAUAUAACUAAGCUGAAUUCUGCCAAGGAGGCUUCAGUUAUUCUUCAGGAAAUUCGUUCUCAUCAUGUUACUAUGCUAAAGCAAAAGUCACGUAAUAAAUGGCUUUUGGAGGGAGCUAGUAAUACUUCUUUCUUUCAUGCUAAUAUCAGAAUGCGCAGGAGUAGUAAUAUGAUUUCGGAGUUGGUGGAUGACAAUGGGGCCGUUAUUACUGAUUGUAAUCAAAUUAGAGACUAUACGAUUUCUUUUUUUGAGUCAAAGUUUAAUGGUGAUGAGUUGCCUAUUGAUGAGGAGCUUUUUAAUUAUGAUCAUAACAUCAUCUCGGUGGAGGAUAGUCAGAGAAUGGAUGAAAUUCCUACUAUGGAGGAGAUUAAGAAUGCUGUUUUUGAUUUGGGUGCGGAUAGUGCGCCAGGGCCAGAUGGUUUCUCUGGUUGUUUUUAUAGGCAUUGUUGGGACGUGGUGCAAUAUGACCUUGUCAGAGCUAUCACGUACUGUUGGCAACGGCAAAUCAUUCCUCAUGGUGCUAAUUCUAGUCUUAUUAUUCUUCUUGCCAAGGUUAGAGGAGCCAACACUCUUCGAAACUUUCGGCCUAUUGGUCUUAAUGUUCUUAGUAGAAAUCUUACAAAGUUGUUUGCUGAGAAGAUGAUGACGCCUAUGCUUUCCAAAAGAGGCAAUAUGAAGAGUCUGCAUAAUCUUCUUGCUUUGCUUGGUAAAUACCAAAGUGCCUCGGGCCAAACUGUCUGUCGUCAAAAGAGUAAGAUUUAUUAUGGGGGUGGUUCUUUGAGUCGCUGUGGGACUAUCACUAAUUUACUGGGUAUGGAAGUUACUACUUUUCCGGACAGGUAUUUGGGAGUUCAAAUUAUGCCUGGAGCAGUUAAGUAUCGUCACAUUUGUAAUGUGAUAGAGAAAAUUAAGAACCAACUUUCAGUUUGGAAAGGUAAGUUACUUUCUUUUCAAGAUAGAGUUGUUCUUAUCAAUUCAGUGAUAGCGAGUUAUGCUAUUCACAACAUGGCGGUGUACAAAUGGCCUAGGAAAUUUGUUCAACAGGCUGAAAGAGUUAUUCGUAAUUUUCUUUGGUCGGGUGAUGCUGAUGUUGCAAGGAAAUUUGUUGUUGGAUAUCCAAAGGUUUGCUGUCCGUUGAAGGAAGGGGGUCUUGGUAUAACCAGCAUGGUUGUUACUAAUAAGGCUCUUCUUAUGAAGCUAUGGUGGAGUAUUCGUUCUUCUAACAAGAAAUGGGCUCGUUUCUUAUGGGCGAAAUUUACUACUAAGCAGGGUAGUAUAAAGCUUUAUGGGGUAAAUUCUUCUAUUUUGCCGGGCAUGAAACUGAUUCAUUCUAUUGUUGACAAGAAUACCAAGGUUCUAAUUGGGGACGGGAGGUCUACAUCUCUUUAUUUUGAUGUUUGGUAUGGUAAUGAGUGUAUUGCUGAUAUGCUUAAUGAAACUGACUUGGACAGAAAUGUCAAGGUCAGUGAUAUUAUUGUUAAUAAUGCUUGGAUGCUGCAGGGAGAUCAUAUUCAGAAUUUGGUCCGUGCGGGUGUGGAUCUUACAAAUUUGCCUUUGAUACAAGGAGGGAAUGAUUGUAGAGUUUGGAUGCCGGAGAUGAAUGGCCACUUUUCAGUCUCUUCAGCAAAGAAUAUCAUUAGAAAGGCGUAUCCAAAAUCAGCAAUUUAUGGUCUUUUGUGGAGGAAAGAAGUUCAUCCCAAAUUGGCUGCUCAGAAUUGGAAGAUAUGUCGUGAGGUUUGUGCAACUCAAGACAAGAUCAGGAGUAGAUUCAAAGUUGAAAUGGCCAACAAAUGUUACUUGUGCAACAUGGAGGAAGAAUCUUUGGAGCAUAUUAUUUGGAGUUGUACGUUUGCAACUCAAAUUUGGCAGUGGUGUUCAGGUUUGUUUAAUCUAACACCUUAUUAUGAUAUUGUGAAUUCAUAUAAAUCAGCAAAGGGUAGAAGUAGAAUUGUCAAAGAUUUAUGGCUUUUAGCUAUUUUGGUGAUUCGCUCGGAAUUAUGGCAAACAAGAAAUAUGGCAUGUUUUCAGAAUUCUUCUGUUAGCAUUCAUUUUUUUAAGAAGAGAGUGUUCUAUUUGAUUAAUGAAUACGCUGGUCGUUUGAAGGGUUUCAUGCAUAAUACUACAACGGACUUGGAUCUUUUGAACUUUUUCCGUGUGAUGCAUAGGAAGGUUAAGCAGGUUCAGCCAAUUGAGUGCUUUUGGAGUCCGCCAAAUAGGGAUGAAAUUUUAUUAUGUUGUGAUGGAGCAGCCAAAGGAAAUCCGGGUAUAGCUGGAGCUGGUGUUGUUGUUCUGGAAUGUUAA